UCCAGAUCCCACCAUAAAUCAGUUCCCGAGUCGGCAGCAGUUAGACGCGGUAAGAACGGGUAAUUUAAGUUCAGACGCAGUGCCGGUGCCGAAGAAUCAAGACAUGAGCAUACCGACGUUCGAGAAGAUGAACCCGAUGUUCGACAAGACGUUGGAAGAGAUUCUGGAGAAGAAUUUACCAGAAAAGGAGCUGGCCGAGGUGAAACGACUGAUCUUGGGCCGCGAGAUGCAGCCGCUGCAUCUUCCUUCGUGGUCAGGAAGCCAUGACCUCGACGUCCAUGGAUAUAUUAUGGGUGGCGGCGUGCAGGAACAAUUGCGUCCUCCGCGCGUAGUCCGCGUGGGGUUGAUUCAAAACUCUAUAGUGUUGCCGACGACUGAGCCGUUGCAGAAACAAAGGAACGCACUGCAUCUGAAGAUCCAAAAAUACGUAGACUAUGCCGCGACCUGCGGCGUCAACGUGCUAUGCCUGCAGGAGGCUUGGGCUAUGCCAUUCGCGUUUUGCACCCGCGAGAAAUACCCCUGGUGCGAACUGGCUGAGGACGCCGAGCACGGUCCGACUGUAAUUCUGAUGCGCGAGCUGGCUCACAGACACGGAAUGGUGAUUGUCUGCCCGAUUCUCGAGAGAGACAUCGCACACGGCGAGACUUUGUGGAACACAUCCGUGGUGAUUGAAAAGGAUGGGACAAUAAUUGGCAAGCAGAGAAAGAACCAUAUCCCUCGUGUAGGCGAUUUCAACGAAUCCGCUUAUUACAUGGAAGGGAACACGGGACACCCUGUGUUCGACACCAGUUUCGGACGCAUUGGUAUCAACAUUUGCUACGGCCGGCAUCAUCCCCAAAACUGGAUGAUGUUAGGUCUGAACGGAGCAGAAAUUGUAUUCAAUCCGUCUGCUACUACUAGCCAUACAUCUGAACCGCUAUGGUCCAUCGAGGCGAGAAACGCAGCUAUUGCUAACAGCUAUUAUACCUGCGCUAUCAACCGCGUUGGAACCGAGAAGUUCCCCCAUGAGUUCACAUCAGGCGACGGUGGUCCCGCGCAUCACGACUUUGGGCAUUUCUACGGGUCCAGCUACAUCACUGCUCCGGACGGUGCCAGAACUCCAGGCCUGAGCCGCUGUAAAGAUGGCCUCCUCGUCUGCGAAAUGGAUCUGAACUUGUGUCGCCAGAUGAAAGACUUCUGGUGCCUCAGAAUGACCCAGAGAUUGGACAUGUACUCGAAAGAACUGUGCGAGUACGUGGAGAAACAUUUGCAUUUCAACCAUACAGGGGAGACAACUGAGCAAAUGAAACAUUCAUCCAUCCAAACGAAGAAGACGAUGCAAAAGUAAACGGGCCCGAGAGAUGAAAACGAGUUACAUAUUUUUUUACUAAACAUGUAUAAAUCUUCGAAGAAAUAUACAAAUGCAUUUGAAUAGAAA